AUGUAUGUAUGGAAAGCUUUUCUCCUCCCCUUUUCAUCUUGCCUCGCGGACUUCUACUCCAACGCUUCUCCUCUGACCUUCUCUCCCUCACGUCCUGCCUCUCUCUCCCCCUCUUGCUAUCGACAGUUUGGCUGGGCGGUGCUAUUCAAUCUCGACGGUCCAAUGUUCCAAGAUGCUCUCCACCCGCCGGCGUCGUGUCAUCGACACCUGCCGACCAUCCGGCCCAUCCCUGCCGCCCAUCCCUACCGCCCGGUCCAGGUGGAGAGCUACUACGUGUCGGACGAGGGCAGGCCGUACUACCACGAGAUCUACUACGCAGCCUUCUUCCUUGCUGACAUGGCAUGGCCAGCUGGCAGCGACACACGGGUGGAGGCAGCAUUCGGCAUGCCACACGACAAGAGCUACUGCUGUGGCCCCGCCUCCAGAUGGUGGCGGCUGCAGCGACAGGGUUUCAGCCCUCUGAGCAUCGCCCUCACAGAGGACCCCAUUGCCCUCACCGUCUAUGUGGCGGACGUGUGGAGCAACGCCCCCACCCCCGCUGGAUGGCACACCGGGGUGGCGAGGACGGAGGAGCAGUUGCAGCAGGAACUGGCGCAGUUGCCGCAUCCCCUAGUUCCCACCUACCUCAAGGCGUACACUGUUGGGCUGAAGCGUAACACACUCUUCUUGCCCCUUCACCUCUUCUCCCUGCCUCCCCUCUCAUCCUCCUCCCCCUACCAAGCAGGUCUUCUAUGCGUCUUCUAUGCGUACGUUGCCCGGCCCCCCACCUCCCCCACCGCCCCCCACCGCAUCCUCACUCCCGACAUCAGCCGCAGCGGCUUUGAGCUGCUGGCUCUCUCCCUCAAGCACCCCCCUCUCCUUGUCGCUUCGUUCCUGCCCCCCAAGUUCGAGGGCCAUGGGAAAAGUGCCAGGGAAAGGUACACUGUUCUGUGGCAGACUGAUGAUUAUUUCGAGCGUUCAUAUCCUGGCGGCUGGUUCACGUAUGGCGCUAUCCUCGACUCGCGCGUCGAGGCGUCCGACCUGCCGGCUUUAAUCUCCUCGCGAGAGCGCAACCACAUGCCGGCCUUCAUCACCGCAUACGCCGUCGCGUCCCCUCGCCCGCUUGUUUACUUCUCCAUCCUCUGGCAACCCAACUCCAAAUCCGUCGGCUGGGUGGUGGUGUUCAAUCUCGACGGUCAAAUGUUCCAAGAUUCUCUGCACCGUCGGAUCGCCUCGGGCUUUAAACCUGCACAGGUGGAGAGCUACUACGUGUCGGACGACGUGAGGCCGUACUACCACGAGAUCUACUACUCUGCCAUCUUCCUUGCUGACGUGGCGUGGCCAGCUGGCAGCUCCAUGUGGGUGGAGGCGGCGUUUGGCAUGCCGCACGACGCGAGCUACUGCUGUGGUCCCACCUCCCGGUGGUGGCGCCUGCAGCGACAGGGAUUCAGCCCCCUCAGCGUAUCCCUCACAGAGGACCCGGCUGCUCUCACCGUGUAUGUGGCGGACGUGUGGAGCAGCCCUCCCUCGUCUGGCGGGUGGCUGGGCGGAGUUGCAAUGACAGAGGCAGAGCUACAGCAGGCACUGGCGCAGUUGCCGCCUCCCCUGGUUCCCACCUUCCUCAAGGCGUACACGGUUGGGAUGCAGGUGGGGAUGAGAGGGUUAAAAUUGCAGGAGAGGAUGGGAGUGACAGAGCUAGCAGGUGAGAAGUUUGUGCCGCCCAAGUGUGGGGAGCAAGGGAAAAGCGCAACUGAUGAUGUUGGGGUGGUGGGGGAGAGGGGAUCAUGGGAAAGAUACACUGUGCUGUGGCAGACUGAUGGGGUUGGGGGGAGGUUGGAGGGGAGGGGAGCAUGGGAAGUUUCUAGUCUUUUCCCUUCGCGCUCCGUUUCUCGCGCGCCGGUUUCGAUGGAUUCCCGCGCCGCCAACAUUCUCGCAGCGCUCUUCUCUCUUACGCUCCUCGCGGCGGUCCUUCCUUGGCAGGUGUCCUCAUCCCUCGCGUUCCGCGGCGGGUUCGGCGCGGAUUUCCACCUCGGAGGCCCCGUCGCCGCCGCUGACGGGGCAUUCCCUGGGGUGGGCAAUGGUGUUCAACCCCUCAACGGCCAGCAGUACCAGGACGCUCUGCACUGGGGUGGGCGAUGGUGUCCAACCCCUCAACGGCCAGCAGUACCAGGACGCUCUGCAUUGGGGUGGGUGAUGGUGUUCAACCUCAACGGCCAGCAGUACCAGGAUGCUCUGCGCCAUUACAUCUCCUCGGGCUACAAGCCCUCUCAGGUGUGCCCAGGUGUGCUUAUCUCUUCGGCGCAUGCUUGUGUGACUCUUGAGGUGGAGAGCUACUAUGUGGCGGACCACCACGGGCUGUACUACGCCUCCAUAUUCCUUGCUGACGUGGCAUGGCCAGCUGGCAGCAGCACACGGGUGGAGGCGGUGUUCGGCGUCCCUCACGACUCCUCCUACUGCUGUGGGCCCUCCUCAAGAUGGCUGCAGCUGCAGCGACAGGUGAGUGGGGAUGGGGAGGGAGAGUGGGGGGGGUGGGAGAGGUGGGAGUUUACAGGGUGGAAGCGGUGUUCGGCGUCCCUCAUGACGCCUCCUACUGCUGCGGGCCCUCCUCCCGGUGGCCGCAAGCUUCACCCUGUUGAGUGUGUGUCGCUCACAGAGGACCCUUCCUCCCUCCUUGUGUUUGUGGCGGAUGUGUGGAACGAUUCUCCUGGCUACACUCCUUUGAGUGUAUCGUUCACAGAAGACCCUUCCUCUCAGAGAGUAUACGUGGCCGAUGUGUGGAACGAUGCGCCCAGCAGGGGGGGCUGGCAGGGCGGGGUGGCCAAGACACAGGCGCAGCUGCAGCAGGCGCUGACCCAGUUGCUGCCUCCCCUCGUUCCCACCUUCCUCAAGGCGUACACCGUUGGCUAUCAGGUCUUCUAUGCAUACAUCGCCCGGGCUGCAUCCUCCUCGCCUCCCCGCUCCACCCUCACAACGGACGUCAGCCGCGGCGCCAUUGACCUGCUCUCUCGCUCGCUCAAGCACCCACCUCUCCUUCUCUCCCCUCCUGCUCUUAUUGUUCCGUUUUUCUUCACAGGUCUUCUAUGCAUACAUUGCUCGGGCCAGCCCAUCAACACCUCCCCGCUCCACCCUCACAACGGACGUCAGCCGCAGUGCUUUUGA